AUGGAGAUACAAAUUUCUCUAUUGCUAUGUCUCUUCCUCUUCAUCUUCUCAAUCUCAUCAUCUCUCCAUGAAACCGAAGCUCGAAAACAUUACAAUAAACCCGCGCGGAUCACGAGCCUAGUCUCGAGAUCUCUCUACGACUCAAUCUUCAUCCACAAGGAUAACAACGCAUGCCCUGCAAAAGGUUUCUAUCCAUACGAAGCAUUCGUGGAAGCGACAAGGUGGUUCCCGAGGUUCGGGAGGGUAGGUGACGUUAGGACAAGGCGACGCGAAGUGGCUGCCUUUUUGGCUCAGAUAUCACACGAGACGACAGGUGGUUGGGCCACGGCACCGGACGGACCGUACGCAUGGGGACUUUGUUUUAAAGAGGAAGUGAGUCCACAAAGUAAUUAUUGUGAUGCUUCUAAUACGGAGUGGCCUUGUUUCCCUGGCAAGUCUUACAAAGGAAGAGGUCCCAUCCAACUUUCUUGGAAUUACAAUUACGGGCAGGCGGGUCGGGCACUUGGAUUCGACGGUCUAAGGAACCCGGAAAUUGUUGCCAACAACUCUGUUUUAGCUUUCAAGACAGCUCUUUGGUUUUGGAUGACCGAACAAACUCCUAAACCGUCUUGCCAUGAUGUCAUGAUCAACCGGUACAGACCGACGAGAGCAGAUUUAGCAGCAAACCGAACCGUCGGUUUCGGUUUAACCACCAACAUCAUAAACGGCGGUUUAGAGUGUGGGAUUCCAGGAGAUGGACGGGUCAGUGAUCGGGUCGGGUAUUUCCAAAGAUAUGCUCAAUUGUUUAAUGUUACUACAGGACCUCAUUUAGACUGCGAGAACCAAAGACCAUUCUCCUAG